CAGUCUAUCAUGCCAGCAUGACAGUAGCACCUAGUUGUGUCCCUAAGAUGAGUGGCGAUGAACUUUCUUCGGGAAAUUGCCAGACUUUUAAACCCGAGUGUUAACUUUCGCGAGCUUGUCUUCUGAACAUUUGAAAAUUUUCGGACGAUCAUGGAGGGUGAUAACUGUGUGUCGGGAAAUUGUAUUUCAAAAUAGACACCGUUGUCCGUGUUAAACUUUUCAAACAUACGUUAAUUCUGAAGAUCGACGGGUUUGGCUACAGACAGUUUGACCAUUCGUUGCUGAAAAGUACAACCGGGCAAAAGAUUCAUUAUCAAUCGUACUUUGCGGAAAAUUCGGUGAAAUGAUCUAACUUUAAAGGCGGUCACGUCGAUGGAAGAUGGGAUGAAACUUCGUUUGACGGGUAGGUCGUGAUAAGUGUUGUGAUUAAGUGAUUACUCCGACGUUAAAAGGUUAUGAAAACUCGAAGGAACUCAACAUCGUACAUGAACAGGAAGAAUAACCAAAUAUCACAGUAACAUGAAAGUAUUUUUAUAAUACGCUCUUCAACGGUUACUUCUAGUGAUGAGCAGUGUUAAAAAAUAUAAAAUAUGCAAGAACAUCUGUGGAAAUAUCUAGUUUCCGAAAAUUAUUCGUAGCCACCGAAUGUUAAUAUUAACACGAAGCAAGUAUUACGUAUGAGGCUUUCAGUGGAUGACAUUUUUUGUGAUUGUAAAAUAUACGUGAACUCAAAACUUACCGUCCAAUCUGAUACAGCAAGUGAAAUGAUACACUUGACAACACGUGUAGACGUCUAUUUUUGCAUCAAUUUAAUGUUCGGUAAAGUUCGGUUGAUUCGCUUUGUUUUUUCCCUGUCCAUCUGCAGUUCCUCGCAUAUUGUUACGUGAACAUUGCAAGGGUGGCGAGUUUUCAAAGUGGAGAUAGAGCGCGCGGAAGCUGAUAACUCGAGUAAUCGAGCGUAUCCGAGUCAGUGUUACGACUCGCGGGAAAAGAUGCACAUGGUUCAAAAUCCAUGAAUGGAAAUAUCUGGGAGGUUUCCAGAAGCCCUGAGAAGAGACCGGCGGGUCUUCCAAGCCAUAAAGGUACAUCUAUACCUACGUUCUACAUACACGCACACGUGAUUCAUUCAUUCAUAAACGGAUAACUCCGCAAGGUAGCCGUACCUGCCACAUGUGAGUCCUUCGAGCGCAGCAUCCUCCUAGAAGAAGGGAGCCGCGAUACGACGCAUGACAAACGAUAAUUGGAUAAUUUGUGGAUCUUACAACGCGUCGGACAAAUUCUGGUGCAGAAUAGCUCGUCAACACAGCCAAUAGUGAAUUUGGCAACCGGAGGGUCGGUUCAUAUCUGUACAGCGGAGGGCGGCAUAUCAGAAGAGAAAGAGGAGGACGAAGAGGUGGUGGCGGAUGCGGCGUUAGAGGGGGUGAGGGACGGGGUACGGAUACGUUUCCAAGGGAGGCUGGAACCUGAAAAUUUGCAGAGAUGGAGUUUCUGCAGAACCAUCAUUCGGCGAACACCUCCGAGUCGCCCUAUACACUUGGCACAGCAUCGGUGAGCAGUAUCGAAGCAACAAUCCCAUCGAGUCUCUGCAGCGGACCUCUUGGCGUUUUGUCGAACGAAGACACGCUUGGCGAAAAUCAAAAUGACGAAGCCUUAGGCGCGUUGCAGGGGACCUUGCAGGAUCUCCAAAAUUCAACGGAUAACAUCCAAGAUCCGCAUAAUCAGCAACUGCAUAACUCGGGACAAAAUCAAGUCGUGAGUGAGUUUGGAGCCAGUUUUUGGGUCGAUGACAUGGCGGGCUUCCCACUACCACCCUUGGACUUGGAUCCGUUGCCACCAGGACUCUUCAGUCCAUGUUCCACCACUUACAACUGGGGCUGUCCCAGAGGGGAUUGUAUGCCCAGGCCUGGAACAGGAAACGGGGAAGGUGUUGCCGACGUUCUGUUAUCGUUGAAGCAUGCAGUGGUGCACCCCGGAAGCCCAACCGGUGGUUAUUACGCUGGAGGACCACCUCAUCACUAUUCCCAGGACUAUACCCAGAAUUUGGGUCCUCCGGUACCUUCAUCCCAUUACGGGUCUGGACCGGCGAUGUCCGUUAACGUAUCGAUGAAUAUGACCAUGAACAUGAACAUGCACCCAGGGUACGACCAGAGUUAUCCCACUGCAUGGGGUGUUGAGCCCCUACUCAGCCCCGCCCAGCAAUACAAUCCCGUCGAGGUUCAAGCGAGGGUGAACCAACCGGCGCCGCUGAUUGGUAACCACCCGCACCACCCUCGACUUCCUACGUCCGAACACGCCCUUUGCAUCGGGGGUGGCGUCACCACUGACGACAAUGGACGACCCAACUUGUGCAGGAUCUGCGGCAAAACGUACGCGAGACCGAGCACUCUAAAAACGCACCUCAGAACGCAUUCCGGCGAAAAACCAUUUAGGUGUCACGCAUGCUCAAAAGCAUUUAGCCAAGCUGCGAAUUUGACGGCUCACGCAAGAACACAUUCUGGUGAAAAACCAUUCCGAUGCCCAGUCUGCGACAGAAGAUUUUCACAAAGCAGCUCCGUAACCACUCACAUGAGAACCCACUCUGGAGAACGACCUUACAGAUGUCGAUUCUGCAAGAAAGCAUUUUCCGACAGUUCCACUCUGACGAAACAUUUACGAAUUCACUCUGGAGAAAAGCCAUACCAAUGCAAGCUGUGCCUGCUGAGGUUCAGUCAAAGUGGAAACCUGAACAGGCACAUGAGGGUCCACGGAGGUUCCUUGACGUGACACAGUUUCGUUUCACCGACAAGUGACACCUGGUUGCAAUGUCGUAGAUUACCUGUAAUUCGAGUGGCUGACAGCUUACAACGAAAACAAUAUUUCAAACAGAACAUGUUUGGACUUGUUUAACGGCGAAAAAAAGUUUCGUGGGAAUUUUCAUAACGUCUAUUGUACACCAUGUUUUAAUAAAAAUGACAAAAAAAAAACAUCCGCGUAGUUCAACUGGUACGGUAACAUCACGGAAGCUUAAAACUGAGAAUUGAGCUUCAAAAAUU